AUGGAUGAGAUGAAGGAAAAUAUGAAGAGGACCAACCCCGUAGAGGACUUGGUUCACAGGACUGACUCCCCAUUUGUGCCUCCUAUCAAUGCUCACCCUUUGCCACCGAAGUUCAAGAUGCCUUCCUUAGAUUCAUAUGAUGGGACGCGAGAUCCAUUUGACCACAUUGCCACCUUCAAAACUACUAUGCAUCUUCAAGGGGUUCCGGAUGAAAUAAUGUGCAGAGCUUUCCCUACUACUCUUAAAGGACCCGCACGAGUGUGGUUCAGCAAAAUACCUCCCAGCACGGUAACGUCCUUUGAAGAAUUAAGUAAGUUGUUUGUCAACAACUUCAUCGGAGGACAGAGGCACAAGCGUUCCUCGUCCAGUUUGCUGACCAUAGAACAAGGGGAGAAUGAAAGUUUGCGGUCGUUCAUUACGCGGUUCAAUAGGGAAGCUUUAGCAGUGGACGAGAUGGAUGACAAGCUGCUCCUGGCGGCUUUCCACAAUGGGGUUCACUCUGAUUUGUUCAUCCACAAGCUAUAUGAGCAAGAGCCUCAGACCAUGGCCGAACUCGUCCACUCAGCCCAGAAUUUUAUAAAUGCGGAGGAUGCUAUCAUAGCCAAGAAGAGGAAGAGAAUUGAGAAAAUGGAUGCUAACUCCACUCGUCACUCAGAGCAAGGUCCUCGUCUUAAGAAAGGACGAACGGAAGAUAAAAAGGAUCGUGACAGGAAGGCAGGCCUCUCAGCACGAAGUCAGCAGUAUACGCCAUUGAACAUGCCACUUGAUCAAGUCCUAAUGCAAAUCAAGGAUGAUCCUUCCUUGAAGUGGCCAGAAAAAAUGAAGGGAGAUCCAAAUAAGCGCAAUAGAAACAAGUAUUGUCGCUUCCAUAGAGACCAUGGGCAUGAUACGGAUGAAUGUUUUGAUCUAAAACAGCAGAUUGAGAAUCUUAUAAGGCAGGGGAAGCUAAGAAGUUUCCUAGGACAAGACCACAAGGACGACAAACUCAAGGGAAAAGCUGAAGAGUCGUCACGGCCACCUCUCGGAGAAAUCAGGGUUAUCGUCGGAGGAAGUUCUACAAUCCAGUCGUCCAGGUCCAGGAAAACAUACCUGAAGGUGGUGCAGAGCGUCCAACUCUCUGGACGACCACCUAGAGAUAGGGAUGCGGACGAACAGGCAAUCACAUUCACCGAAGAAGAAGCUGAAAGAAUCCACCAUCCUCAUGACGAUGCUAUUGUCAUUACCUUACUCAUUGCUAACUACACAACCAGAAGGGUACUCGUUGAUAAUGGAAGUUCGGCAGAUAUCCUGUAUCUGCCAGCUUUUCAGCAGAUGAAGUUAGGACGAGACCGUCUUCGUCCGGUGAAUUCUCCGUUAGUAGGUUUUGGUGGGAUGAAGGUGCAGCCCGUGGGUACUGUUACAUUACCAGUGGUAGUUGGGGCAUAUCCACAGCAGGUCACCAAGGACGUGAGUUUCCUGGUAGUAGACUGUUCGUCCUCCUAUAAUGCCAUAAUUGGGAGGCCAACUUUGAAUAGUUGGAAAGCAGUUACGUCCACCUACCAUCUAUCAGUCAAGUUCCCAACAGACUAUGGAGUAGGGCAGGUGCAAGGAGAUCAACUGGCAGCGAGAGAGUGUUACUUGGCUAUGUUGGCCACGGACGAGCAAGUGCAGACCAUGACUAUUGAAGAAAAAAGGGUCGUGGUGGAACCUAUUGAAGUGUUGGAAGAUGUUCCCUUAGACGAAAGGAACCCUGAGAGAUGUACCAGGGUGGGGGCAGAUCUAGAAGGAGGAAUUAAAGAAAACCUUGUCCAGUUUUUGAGGAAGAAUGUAGAUGUGUUUGCUUGGAGUCAUGAGGAUAUGCCUGGAAUAGAUCCUAAUGUCAUCACCCAUCGCCUGAAUGUAUGUCUAUCCUCGAAGCCAAUACGACAAAAGAAAAGGGUGUUUGCUCCUGAGAGAGAAAACGCUAUUAAAGACGAGGUUCAAAAAUUGAUUGCAGCGAAGUUUAUCAGAGAGGUGUACUAUCCGGAUUGGUUGGCCAACGUAGUAAUGGUCAAAAAGGCGAACGGGUACAACCAGAUACGGAUGGACGAGGUUGACCAGGAGAAGACCUCAUUUGUUACUAGUCAGGGCUUGUUCUGUUAUGAAGUAAUGCCCUUUGGAUUGAAAAACGCUGGAGCAACGUAUCAACGAUUGGUCAAUCACAUGUUCCGUCCCCAGAUUGGGCGAAAUGUCGAAGUGUAUGUGGAUGAUAUGUUAGUGAAAAGUUUGGAAGAGGGUAAGCAUUUAGACGACUUGCAAGAAACCUUCAACACACUCAGGCGAUACAGUAUGAAGUUGAACCCCAGUAAAUGUGCUUUCGGAGUGGCUUCGGGAAAAUUUCUUGGAUUCAUGGUCUCACACAGGGGAAUCGAGGCCAAUCCAGAAAAGAUCAAGGCAAUCCUAGAAAUGAAGCCUCCACAGAAUAUUAAAGAAGUUCAAUCUCUCACCGGGCGAGUUGCCGCCCUCAACAGGUUUGUCUCCAAAGCUACUGACAAGUGUUUGCCAUUUUUCAAGGUUCUAAAGAAAGCAUUCGAAUGGACGGACGAGUGCCAAAGAGCCUUCCAAGAUAUGAAGACGUAUCUUGUCAUGCCCCCGCUGCUAAGUCCGUCCGUGGCAGGAGAGGAACUGUUCUUGUACCUGGCGGUGACCCCGCAUGCUGUGAGCUCAGCACUGAUAAGGGAGGAAGCAAAAGUACAAAAGCCAGUGUAUUACACCAGUAGGGCAUUGAGGGGGGCGGAAGGGCGAUAUCCGCUAAUAGAAAAGCUGGCAUUCGCGCUCAUCACGGCUUCCAGGAAGUUAAGACAUUACUUCCAAGCCCAUGUAAUCAAUGUUAUGACAGAUCACCCACUUAAGAAAGCUAUGAACAAGUUGGAAGCCGCAGGACGUCUGAUCCAAUGGGCGGUCGAACUUAGAGAGUUUGAUAUCCGAUACCAACCAAGACAUGCUAUUAAGGCUCAAGCCCUGGCAGACUUUAUUGCGGAGUUCACCCCAAGAUGCAACGAUGAAGUGCAGGAGGAUAAAAAUUGGGUGGUCCAUGUAGAUGGCUCGUCCACACAGCAUGCAGGAGGAAUAGGGGUAGUUUUGCAAUCCCCUGAAGGAGACAAGUUGAAGCAUAGAGUCCGUCUGCAAUAUCGACCAACUAACAAUGAGGUGGAGUAUGAAGCUCUGCUUAAAGGGCUAGAAUUGGCUAAGUCUGUAGAAGCGGAGUCAGUUCUCGUCCUGGGAGACUCUUCGCUAGUAAUGGGCCAAAUAAAUGGGACAUAUGAGGCGAAAGAAGAGUGA